CCCGGCAACUGCACUUAUCAGCAGCUCGGUGGCGGGGCACGACUGUUGUGGAGGCCUCGGCAAUAUCGACCUCAGGCAGGGAGGAGCAGCGGAAGAUGAGAGACCCCGCAAGCUCUGCCAGCCAGCCAAGCUCAACCUCCGCCAUCAUCCGUUCAGCUCUAUUUAUACUCCCUCCAAACAUCACGUGUCCUCCGCGGGUCUCGCCUCAGCAUGGGAGUCUGUCCCAGCUGACAUCACUCUGCCAAUCAGUCUAAGUCUGUGGAAGUGGCAAGAAGCCACAACACACCACUAGAAAGUUUUUGGUGCAUUUCUCUCUAUGGAGUCUCAACAAACAGAGUUCAACUACUCAGUGUAAGGUAGACCAAUGCACGCAUGCUUUAUCCAAGAAUCCUUCAUGUGCCCUUUCACGAGCUUGCUUUAGCAGAACAUCCAUCCUUUCACCUGGGUUUGCUUCAGUGAAAAGUUCCUUCAUGUGUCUGUGUUAGCAAAACACCAUCCAACACAACUGACUUUCCAAAGAACCCGCUGAUCUCUUCGUUAUGAGCUGGCUGCUGGGUUACGUGGACCCCACAGAGCCCAGCUUUGUGGCGGCUGUGCUCACCAUUGUGUUCAACCCGCUCUUCUGGAAUGUGGUAGCAAGGUGGGAGCAGAGAACUCGCAAGUUGAGCAGAGCCUUCGGGUCCCCCUACCUAGCCUGCUAUUCUCUGGGCGGCAGCAUCCUGCUUCUGAACAUCCUCCGCUCCCACUGCUUCACACAGGCCAUGAUACGCCAGCCCAAGAUGGAAGGCCUGGAUAACCACAUGGCCUACUUCCUGGGCCUUGCACUCCUGGGCUGGGGACUCGUGUUUGUGCUGUCCAGCUUCUAUGCACUGGGCUUCACUGGGACCUUUCUAGGUGACUACUUUGGGAUCCUCAAGGAGUCCAGAGUGACCACAUUUCCCUUCAGCGUGCUGGACAACCCCAUGUACUGGGGAAGUACGGCCAACUACCUGGGCUGGGCCCUCAUGCAUGCCAGUCCCACAGGCCUGCUGCUGACGGUGCUGGUGGCACUCGUCUACGUGGUUGCUCUCCUGUAUGAAGAGCCCUUCACUGCUGAGAUCUACCGACAGAAAGCCACCAGGUUGCACAAAAGGAGCUGACGGAGCCAUGAGGAUCUUUGGAAAGCCGGACUGGCCUCCUGGCUGCACCAAGUGACAACCCUUCCUGGGGAGCGCAGCACUGGCCACUGUACCUGUGCCUUAGAAACCAGUCAUGGGGGCCUUGGGCAUUAUGCCAUGUGACCGAGGAGACCCCCAUUCCCACCAUGCCCCGACACACUAAUAAAGGCAUUGUGACCUCAGCA